AUGUCAUACCCACGCGUCGUCCUCAGCGCUACCCCCUCCGCCUCCCGCGGCGAACUAGUCGCAAAACUCAAGUUCUUUUUCCAAGAGGCCUCCACACUCUCCCCCCACGAAUUCGACGCCUGGUUCUUCGCUCUCACCAUCGAUGAUCGCGCCAUCGUCCACGAUAUCCUCCAACCGCUGCACACCAACUGGCCCAGUCAAGUCGAAUACCCCAACGUUAUCGCGUUGGUGCACUGGCUACGUGAGCACCGUGCCGAGUACCGUGCAGAACGAGCUGCUGCCGUUGCGGAUGGCGCUUCAGAGCAGGAGGCAGAGGGAGGAGACGAGAACUUGACAGUGGAGGGGGUCAUGAAGAUGAUUGAACAAGUCUUGGCAGCUCAGCAGGCAGAAGCGGCAGCUGCGCCUACCGUACCUGAGCCCGAACCUCCUGUUCCUGAACCCACCUGCCCUGGAGGUAUCGACGAGGAGCCGCAGCCGCAGCCCAUUCAUCCUCACCCAUAUCCUGUUGAUGGAAUGGAUGUCCUGGCCGUCCUCGUCAUGGUCCUGGCUCCGGCAUGCUUGGUACGUCUCCUGAUGAUCUUGUUUCUACUCCAGGUUCUGCGACAGGCCUCUAAUGAACAACUUACAACGAUAAUAACCAAUCUCAACAACACAAUACCAACAAUGUCCAACAACAACAACAACAACACCACCCCCGCCAGCGACGCCACCAUGGCCGAGCGUCUAGCCUACUACGAGAAGUCCUGCAAGCGAGCAGAGAAGCGCAUCGAGAAGAAGAAAGCUCUCGUCGCCAAGUUGGAUGAUGAACAUGCGGCCCUGAGAAAGCAGCUCAGCGAAGCCAAGCUCGCACCGACUCUAGACAUGAAGCGCAUCGAAACCCUGGAUGAGAAGAUUAAAGAGAACGAUGCAGAGCUUGAGAUGGAGUUUGAGCGACACGAAGAGCUGUGCAAGGACUACCAGAAGCUGAUCGAUAUGAAGAACCUGCCGGAGGCCGAGUUCAUCGCUAGUAUUACGGAGUAUGAGAACGCGGAACCGGAGCGUGACGGUGGCGAUGGCGAGGGUGGAGAGGGCGAGGAAAAGGAGGCUUAG